AACUUGUACACGGCCAUAGGUAGUCUAGCUCUAAGCGGGGUUAUUGAAGAAGAAUUAAUGGGGGAUGGACAAGAAGGAGAAUUAGAGAUUCGAAUAGAUAAAUGUGAUGGAGAAUCGAUCCUCGACCAAAGAUCAACUACAUUUUCUAAUUUUGAAAGGCGCCGACCGUCAUUGGCAAAUUCCAUCGGCACCAUAGGAAAUGAGGAAGAUUUGACGAGGCUGUUGGACGUCCUCCGACCCAUCUGCAUGGAACUUUCAAAUGCAUGUCAAUUAUGUUUGAUGGAUUGCGUGUCACGUAUCGUUCACUUUCAGCAUGAUUGUUACGAACCGUGGUAUAAAAAAUGGUGGCCGUUCUGUCGUAAACCAGUUCCGCAUCAUUAUCAAAACAUUACACCUUACGAACCUUCAAAAUACCUACAGACUGCUAUUGCUAGGUUCGAAGAGGCUCGCGAAGAUG